UCCAGGACCAGAGUCUCUUCCGGUCCCAUACAAUACUCCAUUGGUUGGUUGUCGGCUAAGAGCCCGCCUCAUUGCGCUCAUCUAGUACAAUAGGAAUUGAAAGAAGAUAGCUGCUAUCUCAUUGGCUGACGGUCCUGUCUCUCAAGUUGGAGGCAUUCUGACCUAGUUGCUGGGGGCCUGUGCUGAAACUUCUUUGUUGAAGAGAUGUCUUCAGAGUCAGAAAAGGAUAAAGAGAGACUGAUUCAAGCUGCCAAAAUGUUCUUCUUUCAUGUACAAGAUUUUGCUUCUGUCACAAACACACUGACUGAGUUGUUUAACCGCAGUAUGAAUACUCAAAUCCUUUUGAUGGCUGUGAAAAACAAUAGUAACAUUAAGGAUUUUUUUGAGCAAAUGCUCAAAAUUUUUAAGGAGAUGCAAUCUGUAGUGGAUGCAAAACAUGACAAAAUUCAAAAGGAGUCUUUAGGUUCCAAGGUUGCAAUGGCCAUGUACUCUGUGUUUCAGAAGGGUACCAAUGUAGAGGAGUUGCAUCAGUCAGCUAAAGAAGUGUUCAAAAGUGCCCAUACACCAGUCAUCAUCUCUGCGCUAAACAGCAGUAACAUCCUUGGGAGUUUGGAAUCUUCUCUUUCACACUUGAUGAAAUUCCCCAUCAUGAAUCUUCAAUUAAGUGACUUCUAUACAGAAGACACCAAAGAGCAAUCAGAUGUCACCACAUCGGAGAGAACCAGGAGUCCAGAUUCUUCCAAAGCCACUAUGAUAGACACCUUGAAAAAACUGCAGGAUGCACUAAAAACUGAGGAUUCCAAAAAUCCCAUAGAGUCAGCAGCAGAUUUGUUGGAACAAAUUGUCAAGGCUAUGGGACCAAUCUUAGAGAUUCUCCAAAAAGCCAUAAAGACUAUGGAAAUGAAUAUUUCUGUGUUUAAGAAAGCCAGUGACAAGUAGGGAUACAACAGAACUGUUCAUUUCUGUCAGGAAACUAAUUCAAAUCUUACGGUUUUUCAUAGUGGUUUCUAAGAUCUUUUGGUGCCAAACAUGGUAUGUUAGAACAUAAGUACACAAAAGUCAUCUGGCAAAACAUUUACCUGUAGUUUUGCUUUAUUAAAAUGAAAAUAAAUAAUUCAGAAA